ACUACCCUGAACCAGAUUUCAACGACACGCACUCCUCUUUCUUCAGAGUUCACAAGCACAAUGAAGCAUUUUGCAGCUCUCUUUGUCACAGUCUUCGCUACUGGUGCGCUAGCAGACCUCCAUUACACAGGACUCUGCUAUGACUCGCCUGGUAAGGACGUGAAAGUCUUCAACAAGGCAGCAACGGAGAAGGCCUGCGCUUCUUACAAGAACCGCAACACAGGCAGCCAACAGUGGGACCAAUGUCCGGAUUGCACAGUACUAAGUGACCAAGAACUUUUGUACUACUGCAAGUCCGAGGGUCAACACAUCGGAGGAGACGAACUAUCAUAUUACUGUGGACAGGCGGGUGCGGAUGGAAGUUUGGCGUGGUGAUGUUACAGUCUCGAGUUCAG